CGUUAAAAUGUCUAUAAAUACUAAAUCAUGCUUAGUGUACACUAAGCAAAGUUUUUCGUAAGUAAAGUUUGAGCUAAGUCUUAGUGCGCUCUGUAGAUCUUGCCCUUAGUCUAAGUACUCACUAAAUAUUUAGGCUAAGACAACUGUAAGACUUUGCAAAAUAAACGCCAAAAUCCUAUAGAUAUAAUGACUAUUUCCUUGUCUGCCAACUGUAUAUAACCUGUAGUUAAACUGGUAAUACAACCUUGUUUCACAUUUGGCGGUCUCCGGUCGACUGUGCAUGUCGUGUACGAUGGCUCGAGUAUUCAAACUGGCGAUUCUUUUGUUAAUAGCAGACGGCACUAUGGUAAAUUUUAGGGUGUUUGCGAGAGCCAUGUCCACUGUUGCAAAGAACUUUGAAGCCAACGGCGUGGUGCCUGACGUCGUUCCGAAGGCCCCAAAUGCUUUGGUCACUGUUAAGUAUCCGAGUGGUGUAGAAGUGAAAGAAGGCAACGAGCUGACGCCAAGACAGGUGAAGGAUGUGCCGAGUGUCAGUUAUGACGCCAGCCCUGAUAGCUUCUACACCUUGGCUAUGACCGACCCAGACGCACCUUCCCGCAAAGAGCCAAAAUUCCGUGAAUGGCACCACUGGUUGGUUGGAAACAUUCCCGGGCAAAACGUCGCCUCGGGUGAGACAUUGUCCGCCUACGUCGGCUCUGGGCCUCCAGAGGGCACUGGUCUCCACCGAUACGUGUUUUUGGUGUACAAGCAACCAUCAAAGUUGACAUUUGAUGAGCCCAGACUACCUAACACAUCCGGUGACAAACGAGCAAUGUUCUCUAUUGCCAAGUUUGCGGAGAAAUACAAAUUGGGCGAUCCCAUUGCGGGUAACUUCUACGAAGCCCAAUACGACGAUUACGUUCCUGAGCUAUACAAGCAGCUCGGUGCCUAAAUAUUUGAAAACCUGGUGUUAAUAAAUCAAGACAUUUCACGAUAUUUUUUAAAAGUACGAGAACAAUCAAUAAAAUUUAAUGAAAGCUUUUGCUAUUCAAAUGUAAUACGUGAAUCAGAAUGUAUUUUCUGUAUUAUUUGCUGAACUCGUACUUUUAAUGUCGUGAAACCGGGUUGUUAGUGCAUUUGUAUCAGUAUCGAAAAGCCUUGUAUCCGCCGAUAAAAUUGGCGGUUAGAUUUAAGAAAUCCAGUAAAGAAUUAUCUAGUUA